AUGAGAGAUACAUUAAACAUUAUUUGUAUGAUAACAAUAUCCACUUUUAUGAUGAUAAUUAGUGAUGAACCAAUUUCAGCACACUUUCAACCAUCUUAUCAGAUGUUGGUAUUUCUUAUUGGGAUAUUACUCAUUAUAUGUAAGAUGUUUCUUUCCAUUCUUCCAGCAACAGCCUCUUCUGAUUGGGCUGCUGUUUUUUACAAGAUGAGACCUGUAUGGGACAUUGUUUUUUUAUCUUUCAACGUAGAACAUCACCCAACAGAAUGUUUGUUGGUGUUGGUUGUUAUUUUUGCUAUUAAAUUGUUUGAUGGUAUAAUCUAUGUAAAAACACGAAGUGCAGUAAAAAAUGAAUUAGACAAAAGAGAAAUUACACGUCUAAUUGGUUCAAUUAUUGUUAUCUUGUGGAUUAUUAUAAAUAUGUUGUGUUUAAAUGAAUUUAUAAUUCCAGCUAUGUUGUGGUAUGAAUGUGUGUGUUCUUGCUGUAGCAUUUUAUUGUCAAUCAUAUUACUAUUACAACAAUGCUUGUUUGGAACGGGUGAAUAUGACUUACUUCUAAUUAUAACUCUCCGAGAUUUACUAUAUCUAAUCAUUAAGAGUUUCACCAUGUUAAAAGCUUCUAUUUACCUCACCAUUCACAUAAACAUAUUUCUUGUUCGUUCUGUUACUAGUUUUUGUCUUUGCUUGAAAGAUACAUUUACAUUGUUAAGACAAUUCCCAACAAUGAUUACUCUAAUUCGUAUCAAAGAAGUGCAUCUAAACCAGCCAGAGUUAUGUGUAAUAUGCCAAAGUGUAACUGAAACAGGUGUUAUUUUACAGUGCCAUCAUGUAUUUCAUAAAAACUGCAUUUUAAAUUGGAACGUCCAAUCUAAAUUUUGUCCUGUGUGUCACCAAACAAUGUCUUUGACAUCACAAACAAAUGAUAAUGACAUUUCUCUUGAAUGGAAUGUAAGAGAGUUAUAA